GCUUGACUUAGCCGUUGAGCAGCCCCAUUUAAAGCGCUGCUGUACCAGUACUUUCUAUACCCCAACACACCCGUUUCUUCUGUGUUCUGCAUCUCUUUUGGAUACCACAUCAUCCUGUCGUAGAUUCCCAUCAAUUCCUAUUAGUACCAUCAUUUCAUACGACGCUCACAUCAAUGGGUGAUUCAACUGUGAGCAAGUGGUCUGCAGGAGUAGGUUACGGUCCAGUCCUUUCCCAGACUGAUCUUUAUCUGCUCAAUACCGAGUUGCAACUGCACCCGAUCAUGUCUGGUACAAACCAUGGCUUCCACCUCAUGUUCAACCUUGUCACUGGUUCUACUGGCGGCUUCAAUCCUAAUGACCGGGAUCGUGAUAUACCAUUUUCUGCCAAAGACGAGCCUGCAACGCUUCCCCGCGUUCAAGAUCUUAUCAUCAUUACCGAGUCCAGUCCGUGGUGCACGGUAGUGCACAAUGACCGUGGUGUUACUAUGGGCGAUGUCUGUAGCACGAUUUGGAAAGAGUACACAGAGAAUUUUGUGACCGAUGCAGAAUUCAACGUUCUCCCUCCAAGGCUCCAGGAACAAGUAAAGAGGGCCGCUACGCACAAUAAUGCCUCCGGUGCAUCUUGGAACAUGUAUUACACCACCCCUGCACCAAAUCGGUAUAAACGGGUUGAUUGGCUUCGAGACAAGUACUACUUUGACGGUCUGUCGAAGAAGGACAACUACUCGAUUCAGCGUCUCGGUUUCAAGGCCCCCAACAUUUUUGUACUAAACCUCACUUCAUGAUGGCCCCGUACCGUCACGCUUUCCGCCAUGCUUCAUGAUGUAUCAUACGUCGCGUACUCUAUGCUAACCCUUGUCAUAUCUAAGGAAGGCCCCAUCCCCGCAUUGAGCUGUGAACGUAUGAUCAGGCGAUUCUCGUCGGAGCAACUCUGAACGAAAUCAACGUAUCGAUCAGAUGAUCAAGUUAGAGCUCUGCCUCCGAGAUCAUCGUCGUGAUCGGAUCUACAUUCAUUUCAGCAUGGGAAUCGAAUGGUUCAUGAAGGA